AUGUAGACCCAAAUGUGGGUACGCGGUGCCCCCUCAGCCCACCGUAACCUGCAGCCCGGGGGCUGUGUGUUUCUAGGAUUCCGUGAUUCUAUUUAUCCGGCUUUUUAUGGGCUUUCUUUUUUGUGUGUGAAAUGCGGCGGCGCUGCCCCGAGGCAAUGCGCGCCGUGAGCCGGGCGGGCUGCGGGGGGAUGCUCCUCUGCCCGGCGGUGGUGCGGGAGGGUUGGCACCGCUCGGGCGGUCACAAGAUGUGGCAGAAUUCCAGAGGGAAGAAGACCCACCUAUCGGUUGCUUCUUCUCUCUUAUUUCUAAAAUCAUAGAAUCACAGAAUCCUAGGGGUUGGAAGGGACCUCGAAAGAUCAUCUCGUCCAACCCCCCCCCCCCCGCCAGAGCAGGGUCACCGAAAUGCAGUCCUUUAUUUGAAAACAACAACCACCAAACCAAAAGCUGGUAUGAAACAGCCUUUCAGACGCGGCGGGUCGCUGGCCUGCUGUGUCAGCAGCGUGUCUGAAAGACAAGGCACGCUCCGCAACCCGCGUUUCAAAGGUCACGGCUGCGACUCUCCCAGCUCCGGAAAGUAACAGUUCGAGCCAGCAUCAUGGCUGGUUUAAAGAUCUGGUCUGUUCUGCUGGUCUUGCUGUCUCGUUUCUGCCAAAGGGGUGUCCCAAGUGGGAUUUCAACGCAUGUCGAAAUAGCACAUAGAGCUCUGGAAUUUUUCAUUAAGCGUGAAGGGAGUGUUAAUUAUAGACAGUUAUUACUAAACCACCAAGAUGCAUUUCAGGCUGGGAGUGUUUAUCCUGAUGCCUUUUAUCCUUCCAUCUGCAGAAAUGGAAUAUUCCAUGAUGUGUCUGAAGACACUCACUGGUCACCAUUUCUCAGUGCAAGUAUUCACUACAUCAGAAGGAAUUAUCCUCAGCCUUGGGAAGAGGCUACAGAGAAGCUGGUGGCUUUCCUGUUUGGAAUUGCCUCACAUAUGGUGGCAGAUGUUAGCUGGCAUAGCCUGGGCAUCGACCAAGGAUUUCUAAAGGCCAUGGGAGAAAUUGAUUUUCAUGGUUCAUACUCAGAAGCUCACAGUGUUGGUGAUUUUGGAGGAGACGUGCUGAGUCAGUUUGAGCUGGACUUCAGUUACCUCUCAUCGAAUUGGUAUGUACCUGUCAAAGACCUAGCAGCUAUCUAUAAGGAAUUUUAUGGAAGAGAGAUCAUAACUGAAAGCACAAUUACUGACUGUACUUACCUGCUGUUUCUUGAACUGCAUGGAGAAAGGCUUGCUGUUGCCAAGCUUUUUCCAACAUAUGCUAGUAAAUCUCCAUUUCUGGUGGAGAAGUUCCAUGAGUAUUUCCUUGGAGGAGUGGAUGACAUGGCAUUCUGGACAAACAAUAUUUUUGAGCUGACGAGCCAUAUGCUAGAGAGUGGAACCAGUGGCUGCUUCCUGCCUGAGAACCCUCUGUUUAUAAACUGCACAAGGGAUUACAAGGACAGCUACAUAAACAAACAAUCAAAACAUGAACAUCAUAAGGAUGCAACUCAUUUGCUUACAGAAGCAGUUGAAAAGAAUAUAAAUUAUACAAAGAGAGGAGUUCACUUCAACAUACAAUCUUGGGCAACAAAUUCCCUCCGCUUGAUAAACCGUGCUUUUACAACUAGUAUAUGGAGGGCAUUAGCAGCUACACAUAAAAAAUCAUCUAAGAACAUCUCCAGGCCAACAGCUUCAUAUUUUCUGACUUCACCCUAUGCUAGACUUGGAUGGGCAAUGAUCUCAGCUGACCUAAACCAGGAUGGAUAUGAAGAUCUGGUGGUUGGAGCACCAGGGUACAGCACACUAGGCCAUGUUCAGAUAGGACGGGUGUAUGUGGUCUAUGGCAACCAGUCAGGUUUGCCAGCAGAGGACAUGGAUCUAGAUGAGAAAGCAGACCAAGUACUACAGGGUCAUCAGCCUUCAGGGAGAUUUGGUUCUGCCUUGGCAGUCCUGGACUUCAAUGAAGAUGGAGUGCCAGAUCUGGCAAUUGGAGCACCUUCUGUGGGGUCUCGGUUUCUCACUUACAAAGGUGCUGUGUAUAUCUACUUUGGCAUUGAGGGAAGAGGCUUGGCAUCCCAACCAAAUGUUACCAUAACUUGUCAGUAUUCCUACUGUAAUCUUGGUUGGUCCCUCCUGGCAGCUGAUGUUGAUGGGGAUGGAAACGCUGAUCUGGUUGUGGGCUCUCCUUAUGCACCUGGUGAUGGGCAGCAGAGAGGUUUUGUGGUUGCAUUUUACUCUUAUUUCAACAGGAGUGAUCAAGGACUUCUGUCAGUAGAGGAUGCCAACUGGAUGGUGAAGGGUGAAGAAAACUAUGCUUGGUUUGGAUUUGCACUGGACAGCUGCCAGCUGGAGAACGUAACGUUGCUGCUGAUUGGUAGCCCUACAUGGAAGAGCUGUGCUGGUUCAAGCUGCAGUCCCUUCUCAUCGGAUGUCAGACAGAGUGUUGGGAAGGUGUAUGGGUAUAACCCACCAAGCACAAAGCACUGGUUUGCAGUAACUGGAGACAAGGCAAUGGGCAGAAUGGGUUUGUCUCUGGCCAGUGGUGUGAUGUCUGUGGCUGGGAUCACAAGGACAGUUUUGCUGGUGGGUGCACCUACUGCAGAUAGCCUGUCUAGGAUUUCAUUUCUGUCCUCAGUGCUGCACCAGGCUGGACUGGCUCUGAUAUAUGAUCUGACAGACAGCACCAACCCUUCUUUGCUCAGCACGUUCAGUGGGGACAGGAGGUUUUCUCGAUUUGGAGGAGAUGUAUACUUAAGUGACCUGGAUAAUGAUGGACUAGAUGAAAUGAUUGUGACAUCCCCGCUGCGAACUAGCGAUAUCACCACUAUACUGUUUGGUGGGGCAGCUGGCCGUGUCUACAUUUACAACGGGAAGCAAGCAUCCUCAGGGAAUGUGACAGGCCACUGCAAAUCAUGGGUCUCUCCCUGUCCUGAGGACUGGGCAGAGUAUGUUCUGAUUUCUCCUGAGGAACUAUCAAGAUUUGGGAGUUCUGUUAUCACGGUGAAAUCUGAAAGAAAGAAAGACGUUGUGGUGGCAGCAGAGAGAAGCUCAGCGAAAGCUCGACUUGGUGGAAGGCUUUUUGUCUACUCACUCUAAAAGCUCAUGGUAGCCUUUAAGAUAAGGGUAAAGCUGGUCUUUUAGUGAAGAAUCAAUCUAGUAUCUGUGAUACUUUCCUUAACCCAUACAAAGCAACAGAUCACACAACAGCAAAGUUUUGAUAGAGAGAUGUCCCAGAAAGCUAGACAGGGUCCUAGAUAGUACUAAGGGAGGGAUGGAUGAUCACUGUAAGUCAAGGGGAAUAUGAGCAUUCAUGGUAGUUUGAUUUACACACCAACCAAAGUUGUCUCAGUCAUGUAACAGCACAAAUGAAUUCUGUUCUGAGCAGUAGCAUCAGUUAACCAGAACAAGCAAGCUAGUCUGAAAAUGUUUUAGAGGCUGAAAUGAACAGGAAGCUCAAUUUUGGUAGUAAUAUUUGGCUAAGCAAGAAAUCUUCAUUACUAGUCCAAUUUGAGUAUUUUCUUGACAAAACAAGGAAAGACUAGCAUAUGAUUUACAAUUCCUUGUAUGCUGUGAUACAGACAGGGAUUCUAAGACAUCAAAAGUUGCUGUCAAAGGACUGUCUCUGUCUCUAGCAAGUCUUGAGGCCUGUAUUCAGGGUGUAGAACAGCUGGGAUCUCUCAGAAAGAAAAGCACAAGCAAGACGUCAAGACUGACCAAGUUUUAGGAAAUGCUUUUGCACUUGUGGCCAAGACUACUCUGGGACUUUUGUAUAGAAUUCCACACUUGUGGUAACAUAGAAUUGUUAACAGUAUUGUCUUCAACUAACAGUAAUAUUGUAUGAUGCCAUUUAACAGUGUGCAUUGAUUUCUAUUAAAUUACUUGAGCAGCAAGAGGUGAUGGUAUUAUUGCCAACACUAGUCCACAGACACAUGUAUUUUCCCUCUCUUGCCUCCUUCACGAACAUAAAGCAUUAUUUUUAUUUUAAAUAACACAAGUUAGUGGAAUAGCACAGAAUUCUAAAUGUCUUACUCCAAGAAGACACUCCUCAACUUACCUGUGUAGGAAUUCUUUCUCUUAGCGAGGUUGUUUAAAAAAAAAAAGGCAAGGUGAACAUUAGCUUGAUGUGUUUUAACUUCCAUUUUUGAGGACUUCCCCAAACAGCAGAACAUUUAAAAAAAAUUAAAAUCUGAACUUUAAAGAAGAACUAACUUCUGUGUAAGAUUUUACUGCACAUGAAGACAUUUUGAUUACUUGAAAGGCAGUCCUGAAAAAAGUGUCUUUCAGUGCUUUUACUGUGCUUUAAGUCAGUUAUGUACAGGAAAAGGAGUCAAUACAAUUCACAGAAUUGGCUUUUUUAUGUCUUUAAACUGCCAAUGCAAAUAUUUACCACAACAGAUAAAUCUUAUAAUAGGUGACAAUCCUUAAAGAUCUGCAACAGCUGUUUGCCUGCAGUAUUAAAACUUAUCUAGCAGGUUUAGUCAAUUAUUAUUCUGCCCACUUACAUAUCACUAGAAAUACACUCUAAAAUUAUUUUUUAUAAAUAAAUGCUAUUUAGCAAUAAUAGCAUGCACAUGAAAUCAGAUUUUAUUUUUAUGCACAUCUAAUUCUACUGCACAAAUACCCUGCAAUUAACUAUUAUUAUGAUUCCUGUUGGCUACCUUUUUCCUUUUAUUGAUGUGCACUAAGUACUUCUCAAUGAUGUUUCAUGGUUUGCAGAACAUAAUCUGAACUUAGCUGAGAGAUUAUUUCAAAAGUAGAUUUCCACUGGGAAUGCCAGUGAGGUAAGGACAUUUUUGACAUAUUAUUGGCAUUACUGAGUUUUAUUUUAUUUGCAAGAUUAAAAGAGAUUGAGUUGAAAGAAGCAGUGAGCUGCACCUAAAUGGAACAAUAGCCUGACAUCAAAGAUGUGUGUGAUUUGAAAGACUGACUGGCAGCUGCUACAAGGAGAGGAUAAAAUCAGAAUCCAGGUUUCAAUAGUCUGUUCCAAGUUUUAGUGUGGAACACAAGCCUUCAGGAUUAAUUUUAGCACUUCAAACAUGUUAUCCAGGCUGACUACUUUCUUGCUUCCAUCUUUUUCUCUAAUUAGAUAAUAAUCAACAACAGCUUACAUGACUGUCUGAAAUAUCCAGAGAGAAUUAUGUUCCUUUUUGGCUUGUGACAGCUCUAUUUUUAGCCAAUUCUUAAACUCAUUGUCCUCAUCAUCUAGGGAGUGAUCCAGUAGGGUGAGGUCAAAAAUGGCAGUCCAGACUUGUAAUUCCACUUUCUAGGAAAGGAAAGCAGAGAGAAAUCACUUGAGUUAAUCCCUCAUUCCUACACAAUGGACACACAGGAAUCUGAAACUAAAAUUCUCUGGUUGGUUCAGUUCCUAAGUGAUGUAUCAUUUGAAGGAUUCUUCUAGGUAAAUGUAUUCUUCCCCUUUGUGUAUUCUUUUGGAAAUAAAUGUCUGACCUGGUUUUGACACUGA